UGUAUAAAUAACGCCCGGCCCUCACGCUCAAGAUAGCCUCUUGAAAAGCAAAGUUCCUCCUCCUCUAGGGUUUUCGCCAUUUAUUCAAGCCCAAUAAAUCAAAGCGAAGCAAUUAUGACAGGAAAGGCUAAGCCAAAGAAGCACACAGCAAAGGAGAUCGCUGCAAAAGUAGAUGCGGCGACAACAAACAGAGGUGGAGGAAAAGCAGGGCAAGCAGACAGGACAGGGCAAGAAAAAGGAGGUCAUGCCAAAUAUGAGUGUCCUCACUGCAAGAUAACGGCCCCUGAUAUUAAAACCAUGCAGAUCCAUCAUGAUGCUCGACACCCAAAACUUCCUUUUGAGGAAGACAAGCUUGCCAAUCUUCAUGCUGUUCAUGUUGCUGAUUCUUCCAAACCUCGUCCUGGUGUUAAAGGAAGCCACAAGAAUAAUUUUGGGGAAGGAAGUUCAAAAUCAUCUUGACUGGAGAAGAGGGCUGGCUACUAAUUAGGAUAUUGUCUGCACUUUGGAUCAUUUAAGUCUUCUACGAUAUCCUUCACAGGUAUGCCCCAAGGGGAUGACUCUAAUAUAUGAUCAAAUACAUUCAAGCUAGGUGGAUCACAUAUAGAUCCAUCAUAGUUUCUAGCUUUGGGAAAUAAGUAAUGGUUUUCUGUAGUUCUUAACUAAGGUGAUAAUGAUAGUAUGGCAGAUUGAUUUUCAUUUAUUUUUGUUUUUUUUUCCUUUUGGUAU